GACAGAACCUAUCGCUGCAACGUCAAAGCUCACUUCUGGUUGAUGCAUGUGGUAAAGCCCUAUCUGGAGUCAACGAGGAGUUCUUUCGUCACCACGGCUAGUUUGGCUGGUGUGAAGCCUGGAGGUAGUUCUCUGCCAUAUGCGAUCAGCAAAGCAGCUCAAAUCUAUCUCGUCAAGACGUUAUCCAAAGUUUGCGCACCCAAUAUUCGAGUCAACAGCGUGAGCCCGGCUCUCAUGCUGACAGAUUGGGGUAUGCAUUUCGAAGAGAAGGGACAGCUUGCGCAGGCGGCGCGCAACGAACUCAAGCGUCCGGUCACGAUACAGGAUACCGCAAAUGUCGUUCGAAUGCUGCUUUUCAAUGACUCCGUGACCGGACAGAACGUGGUAGUAGACUGUAAGAAUGCAGCUGAUACAAAAUUUGACGGAUUUCUUACUGACAGCAUUUGUCUUGAUGGGUGA